UGUUAGCAAUCACCUGCUCCGAGAAUUCACGAGAAAAAACUGUUGUAGCAACAAACGCUGGCGGGGAACCCGAAUUUUGGUUGCUGAAUACGAUUGUAAAAGUAACAUCAAAGAUGUCCGACAUCCAUUCCACAGCAUACAGAUAUGAGGCAGUGUGUACAGAAUUAAACAGAGAGCCACAUCCAUACAUUAUGAUAAUGUUUGAAAGGGAAAAAGAAGACACUGUAUUACGAAAGAAAACUGGUGGUACGAGAGUUGGUUCAGGUAGAAAAAGUAUAAGUACUGACAGUGAUUUCAAAGACCAGAUGCACUUGUAUUUGGCGGGAAACAAUAAUUUGUUGACAGACAAACGUAUAGAGGACCCAGACUGUGAGGCAUUGUACAAAACUCUGCAGAAUAACAGUUAUGUGACUAGUCUAGAUCUACGAUACAAUUUGAUUACUGAUGAAGGAGCAAAGUUUAUUGCUAACCUCAUUGAGGAAACAACAAAGCUAACAGACCUGAAUUUAAUGUGUAAUGAGAUCGGAGCAGUAGGAGCUGAGCAUAUAGCUAAGGCAUUAUUGAAAAAUGAAUCCUUGAAAUCACUAAGAAUGACAGGAAAUAAAAUGGGAAACAAGGGAGGAAUGUGGUUUGCCCAAGCUCUGCAGGUCAAUACGACAUUAGAGGCACUGGAUGUAGCAGACACAGAUUUAACCAUUGAGAGCAUCAUUGCCAUUUCCACAGUACUGUAUAACAACAAAACUCUGAAGGCACUGAACAUAAACAGACCUAUUCUGUUCUCACAUCAGGAAGAAACCACCGUUCAUUUUGCUGAAAUGCUGAAGGUUAAUACAACAUUAAAAGAAGUUCAUUUUCAAAAGUAUGAUAUGAGAGACUUUGGAAUGACAAGACUUGCAGAGAAUUUAAUGCAUAACAAUACAUUAACCUAUUUGGAUCUUAGUUGCAAUAGAAUAACUAGAGAUGGAAUAAAUGAGUUGUCAAAAGUAUUGGAGAAGAAUACUGCUAUUGAAGUCUUGGACUUGGGGUAUAACAGAUUGGAGGAUGAUGGAGCCAUACAUAUAGCCAAUGCGCUGGCUUCACUGAACACAAACCUAAAAACUUUAGUUGUAACCAGUAACAAUAUUGGAAGUAAAGGACUGUGUUCCUUGGCUGAUGCAAUGAAAACCAACACAACUUUAACUAAUAUCUACAUCUGGGGAAAUAAGCUAGAGGAACCAGCAGCAAUCGCUUUUGCUAAUUUGAUAGACAAUGGUAGACUGAGCAAGGAGAACACAGAUGUCCAGGCAUAUGUUGUAGAUGGUGCUACCAAGUUAUGUGAACUAAGUCAUCAGAUAAGCCGCCAUACUUACUUUGCACCAAGUUACGGGGAUGAUGUACCAUCCUGGCAGCCAAGAGGCAAAAAUCCAAGAGGAUCUGAUGUCAUUGUUAUGAAAAAUUUGACAGUUUAUUAACAAUCAUUUUUACUUUUGUGUUCAAUCUAGAUAUUGUUUUGAAUUUUGACAAUUGAAACAAAAAGGUUAUGUUUUUUGAAAAAUUGUUAUUUUCAUGGCUGAAUUUGACAGAAGGAAAUGAAAAACUGUAUAUUUUUACUGAUAACUAUUAUUAUCUGAUUACAAGAUUCUCGGUGAAUUUAAAAUUCUGUUGAAUAGAAAAUUAUUACUUAUAUCAGUAAAUAAUUCAGAGCUUUAAUUUUUAAAUCUGAUGAAUCAAUUACUAUCAUGGUUCUUUCAGAAGAAGAACAACCUUGUGUCUCUCUUCUUUAUUAUUUUAAUUUUAUUGUUGAGGUAAACUGUGAUAUUUUCAUUAUAUAAAUCAUUUGUUUAUAAUGCAUACUCAUUAAAACAUUUUACUAACA